CUCAACAGGUUGAACAUCUGAAGAAACACCAGCAUCAUGUCGGAGGGGUGCGGACUUUACUGAAAAAGGAUGGCUGUUGGAUCCAGAGUCAGAAGUCAAACAAGGAGAAAGAAGGAGCAAGGAAAGGCCAUGAUGUGGAGAUGUCCUCAGUCCCGCGGCAUACAUCCGUCCAGUCCUUAGCAAAGAAGUUUGAGCCGCAAGCACCCACAGAAGAAAUUAUCCAAAAUGACACCCAAUCAGAAGAAAGAUGUGCCAACAUGACUGCCGACGUCUCUGCAGAAGUUCAUGUUACAGAAGAAAUCCAAAAUGGUGAACCACAUGAAAUUCCUUCAACAAAGAGAAAUCCAGAAGCAGUUUCUCCCGUGCAACCAGCUGAGCAGGCAGUUGCCAACACAACUACAGAAAACAAGGGAGAACAAACUAAUAAAACAGUUGAGCAGUCAAACCAAGAACACAGUGAGGCCAAGGUCUCAGCCAAUGCCCAUGUGCAAGACCCUGAGGCAGAAACCUGUGUAGCUCCUGCAGUCAAACCUAAACCCAAAGAGGAACCUGCAACCAAAACAGAGCAGGACAUUGCAACACAAUUAGAACAUGCAGAAGUACAAUCAACUGUGCAGCUUGCAGAGGGAAAUUGUAUGAAAGGUCCUCCAGAACAAGCUGCAGGAGAAAUUGUAGAAGCUAAAGCUGAGGUUGCUGUGGCGCCAUCACCUGAGAUAAGUGACGUUGUUGAUGCAACACUUGUAAAAGAGGUUGUCCUUCAAGAGAGCGUCGAAGCGGUCGCUGACAUUGUGACAAAGUCUCAAAGCAACACGUUGGAGACCACACCUGGAAACAAAGCCGCGCUAGAGAUCAGUGUGGAACCAAUGCCUGACUUAUUGGCAGAACCUGAAUAUGAGGGGCCCUCUCAACGCGUUACUGAAACUGCUCCAGAGGGUAAUCGUGAGAAAGGUCCUCCAGAACAAGCUGCAGCAGAAAUUGUAGUCGAACAAAAUGCGGUUGCUGUGGCGCCAUUCCCUGAGAUAAGUAACGUUGUUGAUGCAACACUUGUAAAAGAGGUUGUCCUUGAAGAGAGCGCCGAAGCUGUCGCUGAGAUUGUGACAAAGCCUUCAUCGAACACGACCAACGCGUUGGAGACCACACCUGGAAACAAAGCCGCGCUAGAGAUCAGUGUGGAACCAGUGCCUGACUUAUUGGCAGAACCUGAAUAUGAGGGGCCCUCUCAACGCGUUACUGAAACUGCUCCAGAGGGUAAUCGUGAGAAAGGUCCUCCAGAACAAGCUGCAGCAGAAAUUGUCAAAGCUAAAGCUGAGGUUGCUGUGGCGCCAUCCCCUGAGAUAAGUAACGUUGUUGAUGCAACACUUGUAAAAGAGGUUGUCCUUGAAGAGAGCGCCGAAGCUGUCGCUGAGAUUGUGACAAAGCCUUCAUCGAACACGACCAACGCGUUGGAGACCACACCUGGAAACAAAGCCGCGCUAGAGAUCAGUGUGGAACCAGUGCCUGACUUAUUGGCAGAACCUGAAUAUGAGGGGCCCUCUCAACGCGUUACUGAAACUGCUCCAGAGGGUAAUCGUGAGAAAGGUCCUCCAGAACAAGCUGCAGCAGAAAUUGUCAAAGCUAAAGCUGAGGUUUCUGUGGCGCCAUCCCCUGAGAUAAGUAACGUUGUUGAUGCAACACUUGUAAAAGAGGUUGUCCUUGAAGAGAGCGCCGAAGCGGUCGCUGACAUUGUGACAAAGUCUCAAAGCAACACGUUGGAGACCACACCUGGAAACAAAGCCGCGCUAGAGAUCAGUGUGGAACCAGUGCCUGACUUAUUGGCAGAACCUGAAUGUGAGGGGCCCUCUCAACGCGUUACUGAAACUGCUCCAGAGGGGAAUCGUGAGAAAGGUCCUCCAGAACAAGCUACUGGGGAAAGUGUUGAAGCUGCAGCGGAUGUUGCUGUGGAAUCAUCACCUGAGACACCUGCUGUGACUCGGGCUGCAGGUGAAAAUGCUCCACUUCCAGUCAAUGUGGCAAACACUGCAUCUGAAUCACUUGCCACAGCUGCUGCUGAGAGUGCAGUGAACCCUGAAGCAUCUGGAGUCGAGGCUGCGGCCGCAGCCAAGCCAGUUGUAAAGACCGGACCUGAAGAGGUAGUUGAGCACAAAGUUCAGCCCGCUGACAACCCUGUUAUCGAGCAAAGUGCUGAGCCAAACACUGAAAGAGCAGCAGAUCAUGUGGGGGAGCUUAUCAUCAACGGUACUUUUGAACCUGUGACAUCUUCAGAUGCUGAAGCUGUUGAGGAUAAGUUCUCUUACAGACUCAUUGAACUGUCAGAAUCAUCAGAUGAGGAGCCACCGACAACUGAAGUGGCUGCUGAGCCCCUAAAGGAUCCAAAACAAUCCCGCACUGAGGAGACCAAGCGGAACCAGCCCUCUGAUGAUGCCAAUAACUCGGACAUCUCUAAAAAAUCCAAGAAGGAUCCACAAUCCACACAAACUCAGAAUGAGAAAAGGAACAGCAACGUUUGUUCAUUCUGUGAGAAAAUCAUUGCUGGAAAUGUCAAGAUCUUGUUCAGUGUCCCUGCGUGGACCUGCCAUCCUGACUGUCUAAAGUGUUAUGUGUGUACAAAGCCCCUGGGAGAAUUGCUGACUCCCUUGUUCUCGCAUGACCAAGGGGUCCAAUGUGACACCUGCUUUGCAGAAACUCUCAACAUCGAAACCUAAGCGGGCAGAAUAUGACCCGGAGAAGACUCAAAGCAUAACCUGCAGUUACGCUGUCCUGAAAGAUGUUUUAGGACAUUAUAUCCGGAAAUAUUUGUUCUACGAAAGGAUGUGGCAGCAUACUGUUGCCAAAGAUGUUUUUAUGAGAUACAAUCAAAUAAUAUUGACAUACUAUACAUGUUUCAAUAAAAACAAAUGAUUACUUCAGAUUAAAA